AUGCACUUCCAGCCGGUAGAGGCCUCGGACGAGGACGCGUACCUGCCGCAUGGUGGAGGCGGUGGCUUGGAAGCGGCCGCAGCGUCAAGGGCGGCUCACGAUGAGCUACUUGAUGAUGUCUUUGGCUCUGAGUCCCCCUCGCCGUCUACCCGCCAUCAGGACCUUUGGGGCGCUGCUCACCCAUCAGACAUGCACCGCUUGGAGACGGAGCAUGCGACGGCAGGGUAUCGAGAGGGAAUCACCGCAUCCAAGGAGUCCAGCAUGCAGGCGGGCUUCGACGAGGGGUUCAGUCUAGGUGCGGCCAUUGGGCUGCAGGUUGGUCAGCUGCUCGGCACGCUCGAAGCAGUUUCCGACGCGCUCAAGGGCGAAACUGGCGACGCGGCGACGAUGGCGGGAUCGCGGCUGGAAACGGCACGGGAGGAGCUCGCCACAGGCCGCAUCUUCAGCACCGACUAUUGGGCGCCGGACGGUAACUGGACGUACAAGGUCGAGGGUGGCGAGGGAGACGAUGUGCUCUUCUCAGACGUGGCAAAGGCUCACCCCCUCCUCCGGAAAUGGAACGACAUCGUCGACGAGCAAAUCAAGCAAUGGAAGAUCGACCCGACUAUUUUGCACGAGGAGAAUGCGGUGCGAUUGACCUCAACCGAGGACGGACCGCUCAUCUCUUCCACCCCCCUGUCAUCAAAUAAGCCCUUGGAUUGGUAA